CCGGGCUCGGAAGGAAUGUUCUGGCAGGGAGCUGGCGUCCCCCGGCUGCCCGUCUUCUCGCUCUUGACCGCCCCUCGGAAAGUUCUCCGCCUCCUUCAGGCCUCACUCCCAGGCAACCGCUGCGAGCCUCCUCAUCGCCUAGCCUGGAGCCGUCACAAUGGCCAGGGCGGCCCCCGCCUCUGUGACAUCACCAACGGCCCAGCCCUGGGCACCCAGUCUCCAGGUGCAGGCACACAGACCCACCAUGAGCUAUUCCCUCCCCCGCCUCUGCUCACCAUGCGGAUGCUGACAUGGGUCUUGUUCUUGCCUCUGUGCCUCUCCUGCGGCUGUGCCUUCAUGUUCACGUCUCUGAGAGAGAAAGCCAAGGAACCCCAGGGCAAGGUGCCUUGCGGAGGGCACUUCCGGAUCAGGCAGAAUCUCCCAGAGCACGCCCAAGGCUGGCUUGGGAGAAAAUGGCUCUGGCUUUUUUUUGUCGUCGUGCUGUAUGUGAUACUAAAGUUUCGAGGGGAUCGCGAGAAGACUAAGGAGCUGAAUCCUUCUGGGCUUCGAGGCUGCUCAUUUCGCUCUCCGCUGAAGAAGACUCAAAAUACUUCCCCCAGCAAAGACUAUGCGUUCAAUACCUUAACCCAGCUCGAGGUGGACCUUGUGAAAUUUGUGUCCAAGGUGCGCAACCUGAAAGUCGCCAUGGCAGCUGGAGGUAACUCCAAGCUUCAGAACCUGGAGGCGCCUGUGGACCCUCACAAUAAUAUCACCAUCUAUGAGAUAUGGGGGGAAGAAGACUCUGAAUGAAUGGAUUUAUGUGUCAGAGGAGGAGAGAAAAAGCUGAGUGUUGACAGACCCUAUGUAAACUAAUAAAACUAUUCUGAAGAAAAA